AUGAGUAAUAAAGUUACAUGUGCAGACUGUAACAAAGAAUUUUAUAAUUCUAAGUUUAACCAACAUUGUUGUACUGUAUUAUCGGAGAUGUACAGAGAGUUAAAGGAAAUUAAAGAUGAAGUUUUAGUAAGACCUAGUUGGUUGAAUAUGAAUAAAAAUAGCAAUAACAAUAACAAUAACAAUAGCAAUAGCAAUAGCAAUAGCAAUAGUGAAGUUGGAUCUCGAGAUCCUAUGAUUAUUGAAAAUGUUAUAGAUGAUAUCACAAUGGAAGAUUACAAUAACGAUGGAAUGAUUAUGAAUAGUAAUGAUGAUCCUUUAGAAUCAUUACCAACCCUACAAAUUGAACCUUGUGAUAAGAAGAAAAAAAAUAAAUCAAAACCAACAAAUUCAACAACAAUAGAAAACAAUGAUUUCACCGGUUUAGCACAAUGUGUCAUCCAAAAAACACCAGCAAUAAACAUAAAUAGUCAAUAUAAGAACAACAACGAACAUUUUCAUUUUAAAUUAAUUGAUUAUAGAAGUAUUUUCAAUAUAAAUGAUAGACCUCACUUGUACGGAAUUAAAGAUCCUUACUCUUUAACAUUUAAAUGUUCAAAGUUAGUUGAUGCCUACCUCUAUAAAGGUCUAUCAAGAGAAACAGUCAUGAGUUUGGCAAGGGAUCUUCUCAACAUCGAUGUCGAUUUCGACCAGAUUCUUGAAAAAGUAGAAUUGACCUAUUCACUAAAUAUUAAAAAUACAGCAAUCGAAGCGCAACGAUUCUUGGUAUCGUUAGAAACAAACAAUUUUAAAUUCAACAAGAAUGGUAGUGAAGUUGACAUAUCUACAAUAGUCCCAUUCGAUAGAAAGACUCCAGAUACUAUAAAAUCAUCAAAUGAUUUGGCUCUGAAAUUAACAUAUUUGGUUGUUAAUUUUGAACAGAUAUUACAGAUGAUCAACUCAAGCGAUUUAAAAUCUAAAUCUGAUAUAGAUUUUUUGCAACUUUUAGUUUACGUACACCAAAUUAAAUUCCAAGAUUAUCACAGUAAAAAUUUAAUGAAAGUACAAUUCUAUUUGAUCUAA